GACAGAGGGGCGACCAUUCCCUGAAGCUCCCAUCCAGGCGAGGGCCGCUGCAGCAUCCGUAAAGAGGGAAUAUCGUUUUUUAAAAGCUUGAUUUUGAAGGUGGAAUCGAACGAAAAAUGUCUUAUCAAGGAAAAAAGAACAUCCCAAAGAUCACGAGCGACAGGCUUCUGAUCAAAGGAGGGAGGAUCGUGAACGAUGACCAGUCUUUCCAUGCUGAUAUCUACAUGGAGGAUGGCCUCAUUAAGCAGAUCGGUGACAACCUGAUCGUUCCCGGUGGCGUGAAGACCAUCGAGGCCCAAGGAAAGAUGGUGAUCCCAGGUGGCAUUGACAUCCACACCCACUUCCAGAUGCCGUACCGUGGAACCACAACCGUGGAUGACUUUGCUCAGGGAUCAAAGGCUGCUCUUGCCGGGGGCACGACCAUGAUCGUGGACCAUGUGAUCCCAGAUCCCGGUAGCAGCCUGAUGGAGGCCUAUGACCAGUGGAGGCAGUGGGCCGAUGAGAAGGCCUGCUGCGACUACUCCCUCCACGUGGAUGUCACUCACUGGAACGACAGCGUAAAGCAGGAAGUGGAUAACCUCAUUAAGGAGAAAGGCGUGAACUCAUUCCAGGUCUACAUGGCUUACAAGGACUACUACCAGAUGAGCAACAGUGAGCUCUAUGAGGUCUUCACCUUCUUGGCAGAGAGGGGAGGCAUUGCUCAGGUUCAUGCUGAAAAUGGGGAGAUCAUUGCAGAGGAGCAGGCCCGCAUGCUGCAGAUGGGUAUCACUGGACCAGAGGGACAUGUGCUGAGCAGGCCAGAAGAGCUGGAGGCAGAGGCGGUGUUUCGUGCCAUCACCAUUGCCAGCCAAACCAACUGUCCUCUCUAUGUGACCCGGGUCAUGAGCAAGAGUGCCGCUGACAUCAUCUCACAGGCCCGGAAAAAAGGAAAUGUUGUGUUUGGGGAGCCAAUCACAGCCAGCCUGGGGACUGAUGGGACACAUUACUGGAGUAAGAAUUGGGCCAAGGCGGCUUCCUUUGUAACAUCACCCCCUCUUAGCCCUGACCCCACCACUCCAGACUAUCUGAACACACUGCUCUCAAGUGGAGACCUGAGUGUGACUGGCAGCGCUCACUGUACCUUCAGCGUGGCCCAGAAAGCCAUUGGUAAGGAUGACUUCACUCAGAUCCCAGAGGGUGUCAACGGAGUGGAGGAGCGAAUGGCCCUCAUCUGGGAUAAAGCUGUGACUACAGGUAAGAUGGAUGAGAACAUGUUUGUGGCAGUGACCAGCACCAACGCAGCUAAGAUCCUGAACCUGUACCCCCGUAAGGGUCGGAUCGCUGUGGGCUCCGAUGCUGACCUGGUCAUCUGGGACACAGACUCCAUCCGUACCAUCACUGCCAAGACACACAACUCGGCUGCUGAGUACAAUAUCUUUGAGGGCAUGGAGCUGCGUGGAGCCCCACUCGUGGUGAUUUGCCAGGGGAAGAUUGUUCUGGAAGAUGGGAACCUGCAUGUCACCUCUGGUGUGGGCCGCUUCAUCCCCUGCUCCCCCUUCCCUGACUUUGCCUACAAGCGUGUUAAAGCCAGGAAGCAGCUGGCGGUCCUGAGGGCAGUGCCCAGGGGAAUGUACGACGGCCCUGUGUCUGAAUUCUCCAUGUCCCGUGGUGGUACCCCUUCUGCCUCGGCACGUACCUCUCCCACCAAACAGCCCGUCAGAAACCUGCACCAGUCUGGAUUUAGUCUAGCAGGUAACCCUGCACCAUGCGGUCCCCCUACUCCAGAUGACAUCCCCAUCAGGCCUGCUGGCCGGCGUAUUGUAGUGCCCCCUGGUGGUCGUUCCAACAUCACAUCCCUGAGUUAAAUAGCUGGAAGAGGAGGGGACGCAUCCAGAAAACGGCAGAAGCCAGAGUGCAGGGGGAGGGAGGGAGAGGGGGGGGAUGCAGAGGACCAUGAUUAGUUAAAAUUUAAAAGAGCAAAACACUGAAUCCUCAUGCCUUACCUGUCACAAUGCUACCUUGCUCAGAUGAGAACAGUAUCCCUUUUCCUGGGCAAUUUGGACCAGAUCAGAGCACUGAAAUGGUUUGAAAUUGCAACUAAAGGAUGAAGUCACCACCAAAGCACAGUCCACAUAACCUGUCUUAGCCUCACAUCUUCUCAGUACAGAAUACACUACACAUAUGGUGAAAACAUGUCCACUUGAUGCUUUGGUCAUUUGAAAAUACACCAGUAAAACUGCAUAGUAUCACGUUCAACCAAGAAAACAAACUGCAUUCACAAAGGAAAACGGAUACUGCUUUUCUCAGAAUGAUGCUAUGGUUCUUUCAUCCUGUUUGGCUUUCAAUGUCACCCCCUUUUCAGUAGCCUGCUUUCUCCAUAGUCAGCAAAACAUAACACUAGAUCCCACAUUAGCCAUGUAUUACCAUGCAGUACCGUUGAUUAGCUCUAGGUGGCAUUGUAUAUACAGUAGAUGUAAUGUAGCUUUGUGAAUGAUGUUGCAGCCAGUUUGGGUUUACUGGACCAAGUAAAAAGGUGUUUAUCAAAUCUUAGAGCAGGAGUGCUGUUGGACAUGGAGCUGCAUGGGCCACAUUAACAUGGGUGACGUGAUCCAUGAUCCUUUUGCCCCCCUCCUCUGAGGUUCUUGAUCAAUACCAUCCCCAUGAUAUAUUGAUUACAUUAUUAUUGAUGUUAAAAAAGGAAGAUAGACACAUCUGCUUAAGGAAAGAUUUUGUGAAGACAAAAUAAUAGAAAAAAAUAAAUAUUAGAAAGGGUUUUACUAUUCUUUACCCCCCCAAAGGUUUAUGUCAGGUUUUUUUUUUUUUGCACACCAUCAUUGCUGUAUAAAAAAGAACAUUGUAAAAAUCCGUCCUUUGCAUUUGCUUCUAGCUUAUUGCCUGCUUCCGUCACCCUGAUAUCAUCUUGAGAAGGACAACAGAAGAAAAAGAUAAAAACCUGAACAAGAACAACAAGAAGUAAACUCAACAGUUCCUUGUAGCUCAGCCAUAACUUGCAAAGAAGAGCUUAGUAAUUGAGGACAACUACAAAAAAAAAAAAAAAAAAAAAAACAGAUGCAAUGAAAUGAUUAAGUAACAAAAACCUGCUUUCAGAUAACAGCACUUCACCUCUGGCUUUACGUUUUCAUUCCUGACAGACUGGGCUCUCAUUUUAGGACAAGAGGAAGACCAUCAUGCCCUUGUCAUCCCAACAUAGCCCCCUAUAAUGCAAUCUUGACCUAUACUAAUUCAACAUCAGCCUGAAUACGACCUGAAACACUCUGGAUCUGAUUGUGUCAGGGGUGCAGGGGCCUCAGAGCUCUUUUUUAUGUCUCUGCUGUUUUUCUGAUAAGGCAGAGGAUUGCGGUGCAGUAAGGGAAGCCUUUAUUUUUGUCACUGUCCCACUGUGGGGGAGGGAGGGAAGGAGAUGGCGUUUUUAUUUGGCAGUGGUGUGGCAGAUUUUGAGGCAGGCACAAGUGGUGGUUUGUUGUAUUUAUGUUAGUUUGACAACCUUUGUUAUUGUUUUUAUGUUGUUUCUUUUUUACUGUUGUAUCAAAACCCAGAGAUGGCAGGUCAAAAAUAAGGUGUGUUGUGGAGGUAUGAUUUGUUUCCUGAAUAAACAUGAGUUGCAACUGA